GGCAACGUAAGUCACGCGUUGUUUGCCUCACAGAGCGCAAACAUGGCGGAGGAUGGAGAAUCGCUGGAGUCCUGGCUCAACAAAGCCACCAGCCCUUCCAACAGACAGGAAGACUGGGAGUUUAUAAUGGGAUUCUGUGACCAAAUCAAUAAGGAACUGGAAGGCCCUCAGAUAUCCGUUAGACUGCUGGCUCACAAGAUUCAGUCCCCUCAGGAAUUGGAGGCGAUGCAAGCAUUAACGGUUCUCGAGGCUUGUAUGAAAAACUGCGGGCGACGUUUUCACAAUGAAGUCGGGAAAUUUAGGUUUUUAAAUGAAUUAAUUAAGGUGGUUUCACCCAAGUAUCUAGGAGAUAAAGUAUCAGAGAGAGUGAAGACAAAAGUGAUCGAGAUGCUGUACAGUUGGACCCUGUCUCUACCAGAUGAAGCAAAGAUAUUUGAAGCGUAUGAGAUGCUGAAGUCGCAGGGUAUUGUUUUAGCCGACCCAGAAAUCCCUCUUGAUGCUACUUUAAUACCGUCUCCUUCUCCGCGACCCAAGAAUCCUGUUUUUGAUGACGAGAAGAAGAGCAAGAGAUUAGCUGAGCUGCUGAAGAGCAAAAAACCUGAGGAUCUGCAAGAGGCCAAUCGGCUCAUCAAGAACAUGGUUAAGGAGGAUGAUGUCAGAACACAGAAAGUGACAAAGCAAAAAGGCACACUGGAGGCCGUCAAUAACAGCGUCAAACUCCUUAACGAGAUGCUCGCUCACUUCAGCCAGAACGACUCCACAGACGAAGACAAGGAGCUCAUAAGGGAGCUGUAUGGUGAUUGCGACAAGCUCAGACAAACCGUGUUUCAGCUCGCUACUGAGACUGAAGAUAAUGACAGCGGCUUGGGAGACAUCCUGCAGGCCAGUGAUGACCUCUCACAUGUCAUUAAUUCCUAUAAGACGAUUGUGGACGGACAGAUCAUCAAUGGAGAGACCGCAAAAGCACAACAAACACAAUUAUCAGUCAGACAAGGUGGCACAAACCAGUCAGAGAUUCUGAUUGACCUGGUGGGUCUAGACACACACAGCGUCUCUCCAGCAGAGCAGCACCCCCCGACGUCGUCUCUCUCUCUUCCGGCUGACCUGCUGUGUGGGUCUGCUGCCACUGACCCUCAAUCCCCCAGCCCCAGUGCACCCUCUGCAGCACUCUCUCUGCUGGAUGAAGAGCUACUAUCCUUAGGCCUGAAUGAACCCGCUCCUGUUCCAAGUAAAUCAACACCAGUAAACCUGGGAAAUGAUUUGUCAUUUUUACAGUGGUUUUUUUAUAUCUCUGUUUUCCAGGAUUCCAGUCAAGAUUUGGAUUUUUUUGACACCACUUUGCCUUCCAAUCUUGCAUUCUCUAUAUCUUCACUUUAUCCAGAGGCCCUUUCUGUGACCGUUGCAGGAGUCUCAGCCAAGUGUUCUACAACUGCCUCUGCCUUAAGCUUACCUGGUACUGUUUUCUCCACUCCCCCCGUUUCUUCCGCAUCUGUCUCAACAACAUCAGUCAUAUUUCCACAGCCCCUCAGCUCAGUAUUGAACACCACAGCACCGGCUGCUGCUCUUCCUCAGUCAUUCAGCAUGGCCCCGCCUGCUUCCUCAGCCACUACUGUCUCACCUCAAUGGGACUCUACUUCAGCAUCUCUUAGUAACAAUCUGCAGGACUUUGGCUUUCUGGAUCUGGGCAGUCCUAAAAUUCCAUCUGGGGUGAUGGACGUUGGCAGCUUUCUGGUCAAGAGUGAGGAUCUUUUUGCUCCUCCCAGCCCGUCUUCCAGUCUCUCUUCCACUUCCCUCAUAGAAGUGAUUCAAGGAGGGUCCAUUCCCCCACCUGCCAAGAGUCAGGCAGAUGACAGCCCUCUGUUACGCUCUCUGUCCCCCGUCCUCCCUCUGAGCCAGGCCAGCCCAGGCAAGGGACAAGAGGUGUCCCUGGCCAAUGUUUUUGUCCCUUUGGAAGCCAUCAAGCCAAGUAAAAUGUGUCCUGUUACAGCAUAUGACAAAAGCGGUGUCCGUGUUCUGCUGCAUUUUGCCACUGACUGUCCGGCAGGUAGACCUGAUGUACUGGUGAUGGUCGCCUCCAUGCUUAACACUGCCCCACUGCCUUUGAGGAACAUUGCUCUGCAGGCUGCUGUGCCCAAGACGAUGAAAGUGAGACUGCAAUCACCCUCAGGGACAGAGCUGGCUCCUUUUAACCCGAUCCUUCCCCCUGCUGCCAUCACUCAGGUCAUGCUGCUUGCAAAUCCUCUCAAGGAAAAGGUUCGGAUGAGAUACAAACUGACAUUCACGCUGGGAGAGCAGCCACACUCAGAAGUGGGAGAGGUGAAUGAGUUUCCACCUGCUGGCAGAUGGGGGGCUCUAUAACUCUGCUUACCGACACUACAGGUUUUUUUUUUAAAUGAAGUUUGUCAGUGCAACUCAGAGGUCAAGGGAAGGGUGGUAUUGUAAAAAAAUGUUUAGGGAAAAUUGGAGAAAUACAUGUUACAUCAAAUUUCAAUCGACCUUGAAGGAGUUCUUCCGCUUGGGAUAGCUGAAGUAGCCAGGCAUGUAGCAUACAUCCAACUAAACCUUGACUACAUGGCCAGAGGUAGUCGAUGUGGUGCAGUAACAAAUGUUGUGGAGCAGUUAAACAUGGAGGAUGUUUAUUUUGGAAAAUGAUUCAUAAGGUAAAUAUUGCUAACCUUUUUUAUUUAGGAUUUGACAUGUACUAAUAGAACUUUUUUUUCUCUUAUUACAUUUUCCUAUUUACUUCCCCUCAAUGCCACACAGUUUUGUUGAAAAGAUAUUGUGUACCAGGGUGAUAUGAACAUGUGAUCACAACCUGCAUUUCACAUGAUUUGCUGCUGACUGUGUAUGAUGACAUGGUUUCACACUGGAGUCAUUGGACCGAAGCAGACAGAAUCCUCUCUGAUGCUAAAUGAAGGGCCCUCACUGAUUGACUCAUUAGGAAUUAUUAAUCUUAGUUGACUUACAUCAAUAUGCCUCACAGUAACUACUGAAUACUUUUACUUGUCUUUUGAGUUAUAUACUAACUCGUAGCUUAGACUUGUUAUGUUUUUUAGUGUUUAAGUAUUUAUUGACAUGAAUGUAUUAUUUAUUUUUGUUUUGGGAGGAAAUUGUCAAAUCUGUUACUGUCCUGUAAGGUAUUGCAAUUGAAAGGCUGUAUUCCUUCUGCAUACAUAACUUGUGAUGAACCCUUUCAGUAUGAUAGGCACAGAUCAGUAAUGGGCUAUCUAAAGCUUUGAUGUUACCAAAUAUUCAGACAAAAAUAUUAAAAUAUGUUACAGAAAGAAUGACAUAACUCGUUACAUGUCAAGGCUUUGCAGUCUGGAUAGCGUUUUAAUAUAAGAAUGUAUUUUUUGCAAAAUAGACUCGCAAGCUUGUGCCAGACACAUUAACCCCUUUUACCUGUUGGGUGCAACAAGAGAUAAUAGGAACAAGGAUCAAUUGUAUACUUUUAAGUGGACAAGCUUUAGGAAGUGCUGACCAAGUGGCAAAUAAAUAGCUGGAUACAAACUAUUAUUGCUUGGCUUUAUGGGAGUGCUCUUCAAAGCUUCCCCCUUGCUUCUGCUGUUAGACCAUGUAGUGGAAACCAGACUAAAAAGCUAGGUUAUUUGCUCUUGGUCAACUGUAAAUGUUUAGCUUUUGUGGGAGUUUCCUAUAUCAAAGUAGGAAUAUAUUUGUAUAUUUACGUAAGCCAUGAGAAAAUACUGUGUAUCAAUAGUAAGACCUUGAUGGUUAAUUAAAUCAGUGUGGUUAUCAUGUGUUCAUCAAAACUGUGACUCCUUUAUUUUUGUCAGUUUGGGGCUUUUAGUGCUGUACAGGAGAGUCUCUACAAAUUUCUUAAUUUAUUUGUCUUAGAUUGUCAUAAGGAACUUGUCAUUGCAUAUAUUUUGAAAAAGUUUCUGUGCAUGGAGAAAUAGAGUGAAAUAGAUCUAUUUGUAUUAAAAUUAUCAUGUAUUUUGACUUCAUUUUUAAAUGCCCAUGUUUUAUUUGAAAAUGCAUUUCCAAAUGGUUGUAACCCCAAAAUAAGUGUGCAGUUAAGAGGUCCUGAUUAUAAACAAAAAAACACGA